AUGAGAAGCAAAGUGAUGAAGAAACUGGAACUCUCCAAGGCUAAGAAGGCUGAAAUUGACAGGAAGCUCAAGGAAAUCGCAGCUAGAGUGGACAACACCGUUGAAAACUUGAAGGACACCAUAUUCGAAAUCAACGCUGCUAAGAAUGUUGGCAAAGCCCUCUUCCAGAGUGACAUUCUGCUGACAAAGAGGCAAGUUGAAGAAUUUAUGGAAGGUCUCGAGGGAGGCCGAGCUAAGAGACAAGCGUUUAAGGAUGAAAAUUACCCAAAAACUACUUGGCAGCAAGGAGUCUUCUACCGCUUCGACAACAGCACAGACUAUCUCACUAGGAGAAUGUUCGAGAUGGGAGCUAAACAAUGGGAAGAAGCAACAUGCGUCGACUUCAAAGAAGAUAAGGACGGAGAAGCCGAAAACAGUCUCAUACUUAUCAAAGAAGAUGGAUGUUGGUCGUUCGUGGGUCGUCACGGUGGUGAGCAACCCCUUUCGCUCGGCAAGGCUGCGAAGAGAUCGGAAUCGCUACACACGAAAUUGGCCACGCCCUUGGAC